AUGAGCCGCAACGCAUCUGGCUUCAAGAAGGUAGUCGAUGCAGAGCGUGUCAGCAUCAACAUAGCGGCCUCUGAAAGUCCCGAGAGCGAGCACUUCUGGCUGCCGCCGGUUUCGACAGUGGAGGACUCACCUGCACUUUCUAGCACCUCUCAGCCAAUCGCUAUCGCCGGCACCGCGUUGACCGAGUCCCCCUCCAUUCUAGACCACACAAUCGUGCGCUACGGCACACCAGACGAGUCCAAUCUCGGUGUUGAGGAUGAUGCGCCACUGUGCAGUGUCGUGGAGAACUCAGUGAAGAAGUCUAAAACGCCCGGUUUUCGUUUGGCCUCGGGGAAGAAGUCAAAGCCGAAGAAGGAGUCGCAGGCGUCGUUGAGGCUGCCCCUCGCCGCCGCCUCAGCGGAUCGACCCCCACCCCAGGCAGACGAGCCCAUCUUUCCCGAGGCCGCGACUCGUCCACCGAAGGAGGCCAAGCACAAGGUGAAAGCGAAGAGCAAGGACAAGAAAGCUGGCGACGGCGCGGCUGCGCUGGAAUUUCCGCUGAAAGUUGCCACAAAGCGAAAGAAGAAGCACAAGAAGAAGGUGGACGUUGUAGAAGGCACGACGGUUGAGCCAAGUGUCGAUAAGACGGUUAUCGGGGUGACACUCAAAACAGCGCUGGAGCGAAAUCCCAGCCACGACGGUGUUCCACUGCCUGCGUUCUUUCGUUACUUAGUUGAUUUUGUUGAAAAGUAUGGACUCGAAACAGAGGGCAUAUAUCGUGUUCCGGGUGUAAAUUCCCAAGUGAAGCAAUUUCUGAACGUCUUGAAUAGCGGAGUGGAAUUUCCAGAUAUCCCGCCUACUUCACCGGCUUUUUCUCAUUGCGAAAAAUCACCUCCAAAGGAUGUUCGUGGCCAGUACAAUCCAACUACCCUUGAGCGCGAUUCUCGUCUUCCUCCGCCUUUUCACGGCGAGGCGAUGUCAGAGUGGACGUCGACAAGUCCCUCGCACUCCGUCUUCGGUUCGCCUCCUCCACACGACCCGGCCGUAGUGACGAGUGUGCUCAAGCACUUCCUACGAAGCCUUCCAGAACCAGUCCUCACUGUGGAGAUGUCCGGUGCCAUCGAGUCGAUCUGCGAUCAGCUGCCCGACGGUCCUAAGCGUCGACAACGCCUGGCCGAACUCGUUCACCGCCUCCCUCGCUCCAAUCGAUACCUCCUGGCUUGGCUUCUCCAACACAUGACCCACGUCAUCGAUCGCGCCGAGGUCAAUAAGAUGACUCUCGCAAAUUUAGUCAUUGUCUUUUCCCCAACCCUUCGGAUGUCGCAUCGGCUGCUUGCCCUCCUUCUCUCUGAACCCAAAGACAGUGACUCUAUUGAAAUCGAAAUCGCGGAAUCUGAUCUUGCAAGGCCAUGCGGUGUUCAAGCCACUCGCAACCCGACACUGCCACAUUGGCUGUUUCCUCAUUCCGCGUUCGCCUAUCGACCGUACAAACCCCCGAUCCCUCCGCCACCGUCCACGGAAGCCUUCGACCUUCCAGACACGCUGUCUGAGCUUGAGGAGGAAUUAUUCAAGCAGGAGUCACUGCUGGCGUUCACACAGCAUCAAAUUGCCUCGGGAAAAGCCAGCUCAGAAAAGGACGCCUUUAUUUGGGAGGUGCAGCACCUGGUUACCAAGAUGAAGCGCAAGAAGGCCCUCCUGGAGCUGACGGAUCCCGCGGCCAUCCUCGCCGAACUCACCCGAUACGAGGCCCGUCUGAGUAGAGUGCAGCAGGAGCUGAACAGCAGGCCACGGGGCAACGAGGCGUCUGACACCUCAAACACUGUCUCGCCGCGGACCGCGUCACCUGACAGGGCAUCGAAGCCGACCAAUCCACGCCUCCCCGUCUCGCAAUUCGACUUGGUCUCUCCAUCUCUCGCGUCAAAACGCUCCUCCGCCAACAAACGGGCAUCUCCAACACUCGAACCCUGCUCCGCCAGAAUCCUCGAUGUCGGAUUGUGGGAGCUGCAGCAGACGGUCGCAAUGCUGAGACGUCGUCUGCAGAGUCAUACGAAGAAACCGCCUUCGCCCACCCAACCGCCUCACCAACUGGUGCCUUCCGAGUCGCUGGACGUCGAGGAGGAGUUCAACUUCGCCCUGAGAGAACCGGUUGUCAAGCCGGACCUUCCUCUGCCGACUCAAGCUGCAGCCGAUGUCGAAACCUUGUCGCCAGACCGGCGCACCGCGAGUACAUCGGAGGCACCUACAUUCCAACCAAUCGCAUCUCAGGAUCUGCCAACAGUGGAGGCGGUGGAGGAGGCGGAGGAGGUUCCCGCACCUAAGGUGGAGAGCUUUCCAGUUGAAUGGCCUGCAACUCCAGUGGCUUGCACCGAGGAAGUUGAAAAGGCCGAACCUGUCGAGGAAGGUGCGGUGGCAGCAAAGGAGAAAGAGGAAAGAGAAAGUAAUGUGGAGGAUCAGCGGACACAGGACCAGCUUCCACUGGAUCCGGCCUCCCAGUAUCUCCUGUCGGUCUACAACUACUGGGCGGUAAGGCAGCAGGAGUUGCUGGCGUGCCAACACGACCUCAAGUCGCGAAUACGCUCGCAGCAGGCCGAAAUCGCUCGAAUUGAGAUGUGCAUCAGUCAGAUGGUGGCGUCGGGAGAGGUCAGGGAGAGGCAGGUGCGGCAGUACUUCCACGAGAACGAGCACCUCCUCGGCUCGACGCACACCUUCCAGCCGCAUCAUCAUCGUCAUUGUUCACUGACGGCAAGCUCACUCGCGACUUCCUCGGACGACGACGACGGCUGCGACGAGGAUGAUGAUGAUGAUGACGACGAUGAUGACGGAGAUGAGGGAGAGAUGGCGGCCACCCUAAUCCAGUUGAUGCGCGACAACGCGCGUCUAGAGGCCCUCAACGCAUCGCACAUUGAAAAUAUCAUCGCUGAAAGGGAUAGCUGUGCCCACCUAAAAGUACGUCCUGUUAGUCUACCUAACCUUUUGCAUUAUCGAUUUAUUGCUCACGCGUAA